UAGAAUUCCACUACAGACACCUAAUACAUAUCAUAAAUUUCCAAUUAUAAAUUAUACUCGUUUAGAAAAUAUGAAGAAAGUAAUUAAUAUUACCAGAGCUAUACUGUAGAUGUUGUGCAAAAAGUAUUUACUGAGAAAAUUACCUUUUUUAAAAUGGUCGAGGCAAUACAGCUUAGACACAGGGAUCAAUGAUUUUGUUGGAGGGGUAACAGUUGGUCUCACAUUAAUACCUCAAGCAAUAGCAUUUGCUAUAAUCGCCGGACUAGAACCACAAAAUGGACUCUAUGCUGCAUUAUGUGGUGGAUACAUUUAUGCAUUUUUUGGAACGGUUCCCGAAAUGAGCGUAGCACCAACGGCAAUUUUAUCUCUGCUUUGUGAAGCUUACAUUAAGCCUGUGAGCUUUGGUCGUGUGGAAGCUGCAGCUCUGUUGGCUUUUCUUUCAGGAUCUAUACAAGUUAUUUUUGGAAUUUUACAAUUUGGUCUACUAACGAAUUUUGUAUCGUCUCCAGUAGUUUCCGCUUUCACUUCAGCUGCCGCAUUGACAAUAGCCUCGUCACAAAUUAAAAAUAUACUUGGACUGAAGUUUGAUGCUGGGCAUAAUUUUUUCAAGUUGUGGAAAAAUAUACUGGCUCAUAUAUAUCAAUGUAGAUUAUGGGAUAGCGUCCUAGGAAUAAUGUGUUGUAUAAUAUUACUUCUUUUGAGGGUAAAAUACUUGUUUAUUGCGUUUUCAAAAUUUGUGAAUUGUCAGACUAUUUGUUGUAAACUGAAAGCGUAUGCAGCUCCUUUGUUUGAAGCCCCCGGGGAUAUAAAACAAUCGAUCAGAAAGAAGAUUUUUUAUAUUCUAACGAUAGCAAGAAAUGGACUGGUGGUGAUUACAUCCGCUGCAUUGGCUUAUAGUCUAGAAAAUCACGGGCUAGAACCAUUUCAGUUAACAGGAAGUGUAGAAGCGACUCUGCCAACUGUCUCUUUUUCAUUUUUCCAUAUAGAAGAGCAAAAUAAAACAUUUUCUUUUGGAGACAUAAUGUCUGAGAUUGGAGCAGGAGUUAUCUUCAUACCCUUCCUAGAUAUGUUGGCAAUCGUGGGCAUCGGUAGAGCUUUUGCUCAAGGAAAAGUACUAGAUGUGUCUCAAGAAAUGUUUGCAAUAGGUUUAUGUAAUUUAGUUAGUUCAUUGUUACAAGGAUAUCCAGUAAAUGGCUCAUUUUCCAGAGCGGCAGUUGCUAGAGCAAGCGGUGUUAGAACUCCUUUUUGCGGAGUAUACACAGCUAUCUUGGUACUGCUAUCAAUUACGUUGUUGUCCCCAUAUUUUCCCUAUAUACCCAAAGCCACUUUGGCAGCAGUGAUUAUAUGCGCCGUAACGUUUAUGAUUGACUUAAAAAUUAUCUAUAUUAUUUGGAAAGUUAACAGACUGGAUUUAAUCCCAUUCUCGGCAACUUUAAUAUCAUGCUUGUUAUUUGGACUAGAAAUUGGAAUACUGGUAGGAGUACUGGUAGAUCUAUUGAAGUUUUUGGUGUUCUAUUCAUAUCCUAAAAUAAUGAUGGAUACUAAAUUGAUUGAUUUGGAAUCAACAUGUCUGACUUUAACUCCAACAUCUUCCGUAUUUUAUUUUUCCUCUGAAUAUGUGAGAUCUAAAGUUUUAGAAGAGUCGUCAUCAAAUGAAAUCAUUAAGGUCGUCAUUGAUUGGAGUAGAAUCGAAGAAGUAGACUAUACAACAGCUUUGUGCUUCAAAGAGCUCGUUCAAGAUUUAAGAUCUAAUAAUAAAGAAGUACUUUUCAUAAACUUGAAUGAAAAAAUAGAAAACAAAUUAAUGACUGUGUUUGGAGAUAUUAAGAAUAUUCCAUUUGAUAAUCAAAAUUCAUAGAACUGCGAAAUUCUCUAGUCGAUUUCCAACCUCGUAACCUGAUGUUGAGUUUUUUCAUUAAUUAUCUAAGACAGUCAUAAUUAUACAUACAUUUCGUGUUGAUUCGUGUUGAUUAGAAUGUUCAAGAAACUUAUAUACUGAGUUGAUGCAAAACAUUCAGAAGUGAGUAGAUGACGUGAAAAUAAUGCUGUGACAAAAUAAAUUUCUCAUACGAGAUAUAAGCGUUUAAAGUUGCGGAAGCAGAACUUAU